CGGACGACAUCUUGAAGGGUAUCGCGAGUGUCCUGAAGCAUGUCGCGAGUGACUUGGAGCCCAUCAUGGACGACGUCUUGAAGCGUAUCACGAGUGUCCUGGAGCAUGUCGCGAGGGACUUGAAGCCCAUCAUGGACGACGUCUUGCAGCGUAUCGCGAGUGUCCUGAAGCAUAUCGGGAGGGACUUCAAGCGUAUCACGAGCAUCUUGGAGCGUGUCACGGACAUCUCGGAGCGUAUCACCGGCAUCUCGAAGCAUAUCACGAGUGUCCUGAAGCAUGCCGGGAGGGACUUCGAGCGUAUCACGAGCAUCUUGGAGUGUGUCACGGGCAUCUCGAAGCGUAUCGCGAACGUCCUGAAGCAUGUCGCGAGGGACUUGAAGCGUAUCUCCGGCAUCACGAAGCGUAUCACGAGUAUCCUGAAGCAUGCCGCGGGGGACUUCGAGCGUAUCAUGGACAUCUCGAAGCGUAUCGCGAGUGUCCUGAAGCAUGUCGUGAGGGACAUGGAGCAUAUCACGGGUAUCAUGAAGCAUGUCACGAGUGUCCUGAAGUACGUCACGAGGGACCUCCCGAAGCGCAUUGCGAGCGUCUUGAAGCAUGUCGCGAGGGAUUUGAAGCGCAUCUCCAGCAUCUCGAAGCAUAUCCUGAAGUAUGCUGGGAGGGACUUCAAGCGUAUCACGAGCAUCUUGGAGCGUGUCACGGGCAUCUCGAAGCGUACCGCGAGCAUCCUGAAGCAUGUCGCGAGGGACUUGAAGCCCAUCAUGGACGACAUCUUGAAGCGUAUCACGAGUGUCCUGAAGCAUGUCGCGAGGGACUUGGAGCGUAUCUCCGGCAUCACGAAGCGUAUCACGAGUAUCCUGAAGUAUGCCGUGGGGGACUUCGAGCGUAUCACGGACAUCUCGAAGCGUAUCGCGAGCGUCCUGAAGCAUGUCGUGAGGGACUUGGAGCUCACGGGUAUCAUGAAGCAUGUCCCGAGUGUCCUGAAGCACGUCGUGAGGAACCUCUCGAAGCGUAUCGCGAGCAUCCUGAAGCAUGUCGCGAGGGACGUGGAGCAUAUCACGGGCAUCAUGAAGCGUAUCACGAGUGUCCUGAAGUACGUCGCGAGGGACCUCUCGAAGCGCAUUGGGAGCGUCCUGAAGCAUGUCGCGAGGGAUUUGAAGCGCAUCUCCAGCAUCUCGAAGCGUAUCCUGAAGUAUGCUGGGAGGGACUUCAAGCGUAUCACGAGCAUCUUCUAGCGUAUCACGAGCAUCUUGGAGUGUGCCACGGGCAUCUUCAAGUG